AUAUUAAUCUCUCCCCCUUAUAUAUAUGUGUGUGUGCGUGUAUAUAUAUAUAUAUAUGUAUGUAUGUAUAACCUCACUCGAUAUAAAUAAUAUAUAAUCUAAUUACAUUACAAUAUAAUAUACAUGGAUUCUCAGGAGAGGAGUAACUGGAAUUGUAACUUGGAGAAUGGGGACGUUCACGAAGAUGAUACUCGUAAUGAUGACAAGGGAUCAUCGUUCAAGGAUAUUGCCUCCUCGAUCAAUGGACGUUCCGCGCAUAACUUAUCAUCCUCUGUUCUACGGAAAAAGUCGGAUCUGAUGCUCGUCUCCAAGGUUCGGUUCCAGGUAUUGAGAAGUCUGGUUGCCAACCUGCAAGAGGUCAUCCUUGGCACCAAACUUGCCAUUCUCUUCCCUGCGAUUCCUCUAGCGAUCAUCACCGACUUCUACGGAUUCGGAAGACCAUGGAUUUUUGCACUGAGUUUGCUUGGGCUGACUCCACUUGCCGAACGUGUCAGCUUCUUAACGGAACAGAUCGCGUACGUCACUGGCCCCACAGUUGGGGGGCUCCUGAAUGCAACUUGUGGGAAUGCAACAGAGCUGAUUAUAGCGAUGUUUGCUCUUCACCAGAACAAAAUACACGUCGUAAAGUAUUCCCUCUUGGGCUCGGUCCUCUCGAACCUUCUCCUCGUCCUCGGCUCCUCUCUCCUUUGCGGGGGAUUAGCCAACCUCAAGAAGGAGCAGCGAUAUGACAGAAAGCAGGCGGACGUGAACUCGCAGCUACUAUUGCUAGGAUUGCUAUGCCAUAUGCUGCCAUUGAUGUUUAGGUAUGCGGCUGCAGGAGGAAAAGGUGCAGCUGGAGCUUCUGAUUACACUCUGCAACUCUCCCGGGCAAGCAGCAUCGUCAUGCUCAUCGCAUACAUUGCUUACAUUGUCUUCCAGUUAAAGACUCACCGGCAGUUCUUCGAGGCCCAGGAGGAGGACGAGGAAGACGAGGAAGAGAAGGCAGUCAUAGGAUUUUGGAGCGCAUUCUGCUGGCUCGUGGGCAUGACCCUUGUGAUUGCACUGUUGUCCGAGUACGUGGUAGGCACCAUCGAGGCCGCAUCGAGUUCGUGGGGGAUCUCGGUCAGCUUCAUCAGCGUGAUUUUGCUGCCAAUCGUGGGGAAUGCGGCAGAGCACGCUGGCUCUAUUAUAUUUGCUCUUAAGAACAAAUUGGACAUAUCUUUGGGUGUGGCUCUAGGAUCUGCUACUCAAAUAUCCAUGUUUGUCGUUCCCCUGUGUGUGCUCGUUUCGUGGGCGAUGGGCAAUAUGAUGGAUCUCGAUUUUAGCCUGAUUGAAACCGGCUCUCUCGCUUUCACAAUACUGAUCACUACUUUCACUCUUCAGGAUGGGACCUCACAUUACAUGAAAGGAGCAAUUCUCUUCCUAUGCUACAUUGUCAUAGGCGCAUGCUUUUUUGUCCAAAAAAUCCCUCUGAGUAAUCUACCUAAAAAAUCCCUCUGAGUGAAACAGUUGUUGAGAAGGUCGGGCUAGCACCUUCACUGGGAGGAUUAGUGGCUUAGUUUUGUCGGGAAGAUUGGUUUUGUUUGUCGUGUCGAGGCUCAAAUAAAGAAUGGCGCAUGUGGUCGUUCCUCUAUUCUUCCAAGUCUAUUCGAUUCAUCUGAUUCUCGAAGAUUUCGUCGCACUAUUUAUUUGAUGGUGCAGACUAGAAUUUGUGAGAAAAGGAGGCGGCCCAGCGUCUAAUUAUGUCGAAUAUGAGGACUCCAUGUUGUAUUGUAAAUAGUGAUUGUCCCUCGGAAUAAGAUUGUGUUUAUGUGUUAGUAAUUUCGAUUUUCAUUUGUAUUAGUUUGAAUUGAAUCGAGGAGUUCCAUUAUAUUU